AUGGCGGCCACUUCCUCCUUCUUCAUUGCCUCAAUAGGCAACCCGGGGCAAGCAUACUACAACACACUUCAUAGUGCUGGUCACAUUCUUCUCCGUUCUUUUGCAGAGGUCAUGAACGCAGCACCAUUUCAUCCCGACCCAAACCUCAGCAACGGCCUAACAACAGAAACAUACCUUCCCAAGACCCAGAGUCGCCUUACACUAUGGCAAUCGCCGAGUUAUAUGAACACAUCCGGCCCAUCCUUGGCAAGAGCGUAUAAAGCCUGGCUUGCAAGAGAGAAUAUAGCGUCCGAUAUACCCAUUCCGUCCCAAGAUGUGGGAAAGAAAAAAGCAAGAGGAAUGCAACCGAUGACACAUGUUCGCGCGACAAAUCUGAUAUUAUUACAUGAUGAGCUAGAGCGAUCUUACGGUAACCUUUAUAUUCGAUACGGUGGGCCUGAAAUGAGUUCAAGGGGACAUAACGGGAUUAAGAGCGUGGUUGAGAGUUUAGUCAAGGCUAAACUGCUUUCUUCGAGCGGCGGUGCACUGUCUUCAACGAACCCUACGGCAUUGAUAAGGUUAGCUAUUGGGGUUGGAAGGCCUAUGUCCCGUGAGCGAGACGCAGUAUCGGAUUAUUUGCUGAAAUCAAUAUCCAAAGGUCAACAUGAUGCAAUAGCUGCGAAAGGGAUUGACUUGCGACAGCUGUUGGAAAGAGAGAUAUUGCGAAUUCAAAAAGCAAUGAAGCCUAUUGAACCUCCUGUGGCGCCGGCUGCCCCGGGUCAGGUAUAA